AUGUCAACAUUUGGGAACAACUCCUUCCAUCCUCCUUUUUUCAUCUUGCUUGGAAUCCCAGGAUUGGAAAAAAUUCAGUUCUGGAUUGCCUUCCCAUUUUGUGCCAUGUAUGCUAUGGCCUUGGUGGGAAACAUCACCAUUCUUCAUGUGAUUCGUACUGACCACACCCUCCAUGAGCCCAUGUACCUCUUCCUGGCCAUGCUAGCUUUCACUGACUUAGUUCUAUCCUCUUCCACCCUUCCCAAGAUGCUGGGAAUUUUCUGGUUUGGUUCUUGUGAGAUUGAGUAUCAUGCCUGCCUCACUCAGGUUUUCUUCAUUCAUACUUUCUCUUCUGUGGAGUCAGGGAUUCUUAUGGCAAUGGCCCUGGAUCGUUAUGUGGCUAUCUGCUUCCCACUACGACAUUCAACUAUUCUAUCUACCUCAGUAGUGGCCAAACUAGGUGUUGCAGUGAUGGUAAGAGGUGUGUUGUGGGUGAGCCCCUUCUGUUUUAUGGUCACUUGGAAGCCCUUUUGUCCUAACAAAAUUAUUCCCCAAUCAUACUGUGAGCAUAUGGCUGUACUGAAGCUUGUAUGUGCAGACACCAGAGCAAACCGUGGUUAUGGGCUUUUUGUGGCCUUCUCUGUGGCUGGCUUUGACAUCAUAAUCAUUGCUGUGUCCUAUAUCAUGAUUUUGCAGGCUGUAUUACAUCUGCCAUCAGGGGAUGCCCGCCUCAAGGCAUUUGGCACAUGUGCCUCACAUAUCUGUGUUAUCCUAGCCUUAUACAUACCUGCCCUCUUCACCUUUCUUUCCCAUCGUUUUGGCCAUCAUGUGCCCCGAGCAGUUCAUGUAAUGUUGGCUAAUGUCUACCUCCUGGUUCCUCCAAUGCUGAAUCCCAUCAUCUAUGGGGUGAAAACCAAACAGAUUCGGGACAGAGUAGUAAAUGCUUUUUGCCAGAAGGUUCCCUGA